AUGAGCUUUGAUGUGGAUGAAGAGGAGCAUUAUAACAAAUUUGACUUGAAGUCUGCAUUGCUUGGACAGCUGCCGAACGACAGGCCAUUGCUAGAGGAGCUUGGAAUUGAUUUUGGAACAAUAAAGAAGGAGAGUAAACUCAUUUUCAAGGUGAUGCAGAAGAGUGAUGUUGACUUUUCGUUUGUGAAGAAUGCAGAUCUUUCUGGGCCAAUUGUGUUUGUUGGACUUUAUUGCCUUGGGCUUGUGAUGAACUACAGGAUUCAUUUUGGAUAUGUUUAUUUUAUUUCGUUGUUGAUAACAUUCAGCAUGUAUUUUCUUCUGAAUGUGCUGGACACGAAGAGGGUUGGGUUUCUUGAGUGCUGCAGUGUGCUGGGCUAUUCGUUUCUGCCGAUAGUUCUGUUCUCUAUCACAAGUGUAUUGAUGCGGGGGAGUGGGCUACGAAUGUGCUGUGGGUUUGUGGCAGCACUGUGGUCGAGCUACACGGCAUCUGUUGUUUUCUGCAAGUAUUUGUCGUUCAGCAACAAGCAAGUAGUGGUUGGAUAUCCCUUGUUGAUGGGGUAUAUGGGUUUUGUAAUGGUGGUUAUUUUUUGA